ACAACAAAGAACUGAAUACUGCAACUUAAAAUGUUCUCUUUAAAGACUCAACUAGCAAAGUCUGCAACGACCUGUUCGGCAGUGUCUGCUUCACGUGUCAGACUCUUCACGACCUCACAACGUUGUUUCAGUGACCACGACCACCACGACCACCACGAAGAGCUAGCCCCUGAGGAGAAACUCGCAGACAACCCUCUCUACAUUGGUACUUUGGCCGCUUUGCUCGUCGGCGCUGCUGGUAUUGGUUUCGACACUUACUAUAAGAAGCUUUAUGGUAAGUCAUACUUUGGACAAUGGAUCCAUCCAACACCAAGCGAGGAGGUGAUUGCAGAGAACAAGGAAUACCAAGAGCUCACCAUGAAGGAUGCACAAUUCUAUGAGGUUAUGUAUGCCCAACCUGUUAAGAGUGUUUUCAGAGAUUUGGAAGUUGUCCAACCUAUUAGAAGAGGUUCAUCUUUCAACCGUGAACCUGGAAGCUCCUUGGAUAUCGACUCUCUCAGCCCAAGAAGAGAGAUCAAGAAGAGCCUCUUUGAUUGAAAGGAAAAUGAAGCAAACGUUUAUAUAUAUUUAUUCUAUUUAUUGUCACAAAUCUCAUCUAUUUAUUGACUCAAUGUCUUUUGAUUAUUCAUAUUACAUGACACUGCAAACACGGUGCAAUAUACGUCUCAACCCAAACAGU